AUAGUCCUGUACCUGCGAAUGUGUCUUGCUCACAGUGCAGGUGUGGUGCCAGCCUCUCAGAGCUUAGCUGACAUGCAAGACCAUGCUCCAGCAAUUGGCCGCUAUAUCAGAAACCUCCUGUCUGGCAACUUCAUAUCUUCCUCAUCAUCUUCCUCAAAAAGUGGAGAAACCAACCCAGUGCAAAUCUAUAUUGGCCUUCUUCAGCAGCUGUUGUCUGGUGUUGGAGGUUUGCCAGUCAUGUACUGUCUUCUAGAAGUUGUUUCGGUGUAUCCAGAAAAACUAGCUACCAGAUUUGCUGACAAAAUAGAUUGGAUAAAGGUAUGUUGCAUAUAUAUGAAAGAACGAGCAAUACAAACACUGGGUUACUUUCCAGUGGGAGAUGGAGACUUCCCCCACCAGAAACUACUGUUGCAGGGACUAAUGGAUUCUGUGGAG